AUGUCUCCACGUGAGAGGAAGACAGAAAGUAUACACAAGCCCCCCACAGUGCUGGGCCGAGUCCCUGAAGGAGAGAUUAUCCACUGCCGUGUUUGUCAGAGGCAGGGAGGGGGUCUCAGCAUGGGGUCUCUCAGCCUGCCUUGCCUGGGCCUGCCCCUACUGCCAGCCAGGCCCUUCUCUUCCGCUUGGCACAGCGGGGACUCUCGAAAUGCCCUCCCCAUGUCCCCGGGACCGCAGGUGAAGCGACUGAAGCGGCGUUUCACCCCCCCCACCCCCCACCCCCCCCAGCUCGACACUGCCUGGUAUAACGCACAGGUCCACUCUGUGCCACACGUCAGCCCGGGUUAUCAAAGCGCACGGCUGAAUGGAAGCAGAGUGAGUCUGGCUGCGGCGUGUGGUCUCCAUGGUUACGCUGUCACGCAGGAGGAAGUGGACGUUCUGACAGUGAGUCUGUUGAACAAUGGCAGCUCAGUUGUAUUCACAAAGUAUUCACUUUCUGUUUUGCAGGCAGCUCUGCCGAGGAGGGCCGACCCCACCGAGCCGAAAGCCAUUUUUGAAAAGUACGCCAGUGUAAAGAAGAACGAUGAGCACUUCAUGUCGCCACAGGACUUUGUGGGCUGUUUCCUCCACGCCCACACAGACUCCCGGCUGUCGGAAGAGGCCACAGAGCUGCUGGCAGGAGUGAUGGACCAGAAGAAAGAUGGGUUGAUCUCCUGUCAGGAGUUCGUGGUGCUCUGUGCCCCGGACCCCCUCUUCACGGUCGCCUUCCUUCUGUUUGAUAAAGCAGGCAAUGGAGCGACCACUUUUGAGGAUAGGAAGCAGGUCUUCAGCCAGACCAGCAUCCACCAGCACAUCCCAUCAGAGUUCAUAGAGCUACACUUUGGAACGCAGAGGGACAAGCAGCUCGGCUACGGGGAGUUCACCCAGUUCCUCCUGGUAGGUUUUGUGCUGAGAUGCCGACAGGCUUUUCUCCAGCGGGACCAAGUCCACAGCGGCUCCAUCUCAGCCCUUGACUUCAGCGACAUCAUGGUCACCGUCCGGCCACACAUGCUCACGCCCUUCGUGGAGGAAUGCCUCGUGGCGGUUGCAGGAGGCAGCACAUCUCAUCACGUCAGCUUCUCCUACUUCACUGGCUUCAACUCGCUGCUCAACAACAUGGAGCUUGUCAGGAAGAUCUACAGCACCCUGGCUGGCCACCGCAGAGAUGUUGAAGUCACCAAAGAAGAGUUCAUUGUGGCAGCUCAGAGGUUUGGCCAGGUGACACCUAUGGAGGUUGAAAUCCUCUUCCAGCUGGCAGACCUGGCAGAGCCCCGUGGACAUGUUGGUUUAGUGGACGUUGAGAAGAUCGCUCCGCUGGAGGAAGGCGCCCUGCCCUACAACUUGGCAGAGGUCCAGAGACAGCAGUUGGGCAGCGAUGGCUCCCGUCCUGCCCUGGUCCAGGUGGCAGAGUCGAAGCUUAAUGUCCCCAUCACCCUCACUGUGGGGGCCACAGCGGUGUACCCCAUCGAUCUGGUGAAGACGGGAGAGCUCAUGUACAAGAGCAACUUCGACUGCUUCCGGAAGGUGGUGGGCUAUGAGGGUUUAUUUGGACUAUACAGGGGUCUGGUACCACAGCUACUGGGUGUGGCGCCCGAGAAAGCCAUAAAGCUCACAGUGAAUGACUUUGUGCAAGGAAAGACCAGACAGAAGGACGGCUCCGUCCCUCUGGCGUCUGAGAUCCUGGCCGGUGGAUGUGCCGGCGGCUCUCAGGUGAUCUUCACCAACCCUCUGGAGAUAGUGAAGAUCCGUCUGCAGGUGGCAGGAGAGAUCACCACGGGGUCAAGGGUCAGGGCCCUGUCCGUCAUCAGGAACCUCGGCUUCUUCGGACUUUACAAGGGUUCCAAGGCCUGUUUUCUGAGGGACAUCCCCUUUUCGGCCAUUUGCUUCCCCUCUCACAUCAAGGCUUACCUCACUGAGGAGGACGGGAGGAUAGCGCCAGCCAAGAUGCUGUUUGCUGGAGCUCUGGCAGGUCCCCCUGCCUCUCUGGCCUCUCUGGUGACCCCAGCCAACGUGAUCAAGACCAGGCUACAGGUGGCGGCGCGUGCUGGUCAGACCUCCUGCAGCGGCCUGGGAUGCUUCUGGAAGACCCUUCGAGAAGAGGGGCCCGGCGCUUUCUGGAAAGGAGCUGGAGCCCGAGUGUUCCGCUUGACCCUGGUGACCUCUGACCUCCUGCAGCGCUGGCUCUACGUGGACCUCGGCGGACGAAAGCCGGCUGGCCUGGAGCCCACCCCGGAGUCUCGGAUCAGCCUGCCGGCGCCCAACCCUGACCACAUCGGAGGCUUCAGGUUGGCCGUGGCCACGCUCGCUGGCAUUGAGAGCAAGUUUGGACUCCAUCUCCCACGCCACACGGUGGAGGCGAAAAACCCUGCAAAAACCCCUUGA